UUUCUCAAACAGUUAGGCCUGCAUCCUAACUGGCAGUUUGUUGAUGUGUACGGGAUGGAGCCUGAACUUCUCAGCAUGGUACCAAGACCAGUGUGUGCAGUGUUACUCCUCUUCCCUAUUACAGAGAAGUAUGAAGUGUUCAGGACAGAAGAGGAAGAAAAAAUAAAAUCUCAAGGACAAGAUGUUACGUCAUCAGUAUAUUUCAUGAAGCAAACCAUCAGCAACGCCUGCGGGACAAUAGGGUUAAUCCACGCCAUUGCAAACAACAAGGACAAGAUGAACUUUGAAUCUGGAUCAACCUUGAAAAAAUUCCUGGAGGAGUCUGUGUCAAUGAGCCCUGAAGAAAGAGCCAAGUACCUGGAGAACUAUGACGCUAUUCGAGUUACUCAUGAGACCAGUGCACAUGAAGGUCAGACUGAGUCCUCCUCGCCAUCCUCAUCACAGCCUCAUUCUAGCCACUGCAGAGCGAAGGCCUCAUCAUUGUGUCACCAUGCAUCCCUGCCCUGGGUCAAACGUAACCAUGUAGGCCCUGCAAAGGCUACCAGUCCAUCUCUCCGUCUUCGUCGCUGGCGACCCUUCUUACGCCUACCAUCUUUGGGUCUCCAUUCUGUUGCACCAAGUAUAGAUGAGAAAGUAGAUCUUCAUUUUAUUGCGUUAGUUCAUGUAGAUGGGCAUCUCUAUGAAUUAGAUGGACGGAAACCAUUUCCAAUCAACCACGGGAAGACUAGUGAUGAGACGUUGUUAGAGGAUGCCAUAGAAGUGUGCAAGAAGUUCAUGGAGCGCGACCCUGAUGAGUUAAGGUUUAAUGCAAUUGCUCUCUCGGCAGCAUAGCUUCUCGGAAGAAAUGCCAAAUGUGUGUUAUCUGCAACAAAAACUUACAUUUCUGCUGCCAUAACUAACUCAAAAUUUUUGAUAUUUUCAUUAACUUGACUGAUUAAACUUUAUGUGAAUAAACUUUGA